AUGGCCUUCAAUAUAAGUGGUAUUUCUAACUUAAAGCCCAAUCCCUUGUAUACAUUCACCUUUACCUCUAAUGAGGAGGAGGUGUACUACACAUAUCAGUUCAAUAAUGGAUCUGUAAUCACAAGGCUUGUUUUGAACCAAACCACCUCUGUGCUAGAGCGCUCUGUUUGGAUUGAAUCUGAGCAGAUUUGGAAGCCAUAUUUCUCAGCGCCACUAGACUAUUGUGACAAUUAUGGUCUUUGUGGUGCCAACGGAAUAUGGAACAUUGCUGGCUCACCUGUUUGCCGGUGUAAGAAUGGAUUCAAGCCAAAAUCACUGGAAAGAUGGAAAUUGAUGGAGUGGUCACAUGGAGGAUGCACACGCGAUAAGCCUCUGAGCUGCCAAAGUACGGAAGGCUUUGAUAAAUUUGAAGGCGUGAAAUUGCCAGAUACUACUAAUUGUUGGGUGAACAAAAGUUUAAACCUUAGUGAAUGCAGGGACAAGUGCUUAAAGAAUUGCACUUGCAUGGCUUACACAAACUCUGAUAUUAGAGGAAAUGGCAGUGGUUGUGCAAUCUGGUUUGAUGAUCUGAUGGAUAUUAGACAGUUCGCCAGUGGCGGAGAUGUUUUGUACAUAAGAAUGCCGGCUUCAAUCUUAGGGGCAAACAAUGGGGCUAAAGGGAAAGCGGAUCCUGGAGAAAAAAAAGAUGGUACAAAAUGGGUCAUAAUUGUAGCCACCACUGCAGGAAUUUCUGGGAUACUUAUUCUCAUCUAUUACAUUUGGAAGGGCAGGACAAGAACACAAGAAAACGGUCAGAGUGAAGAAAGCUCGAAUGAAGACUUGGAUUUACCAUCAUUUGAUUUCGCUGUAAUAUCCAUUGCUACUGAUAACUUUUCAAUAAACAACAAGCUUGGCCAAGGUGAUUUUGGGCCUGUUUUUAAG